UUCACACUAAUUUAACCCUUGUGGCUGACAAUAAAGGGCCAUUGGAAAGCUAAAAAAAUGUGAUACGCACUACUAGGCUGCUCAAACGUUAAAGAAGAAGGAGAUUCCCAGUUUGAAGUGGACUUGUGCGCAGUGGAUUCCCAACUUAUUUAGUAAAGCAGUGAAUGUUUUGCAUAAGAACUGCAUUGUUUCUCAAACUCUGUAUGAUAGCGAGGCAUGAAUUUUCUCUAUUCUCUGUUAGUUUUCCUGAUGCUCUUAAUUCCCACCGCGCUAGCUCAAAUCAAUGAAUUUGUUAGCAUAGAUUGUGGAUGCAAGAGCAAUUAUUCUGACUCAAAAACUGGCCUAUCUUGGGUAUCAGAUGCGACACUAAUUAGGGAUGGCAGUGUAGCAGAAGUUAAGACUGAAAAUGAAAUCAGUCCUCAAUAUAAUUCCUACAGAUAUUUCCCUGUGGGCAACAAGAAGUACUGCUAUACAUUGAAUACUACAGAAAGAAGGCGAUACCUCGUUCGUGCAACUUUUUUCUACGGGGAUUCUAUCUCUGGAAGUUCAUAUCCAAUGUUUCAGCUCUACUUGGAUACCACUUUAUGGGCAACUAUAACAAUCAACGAUGCUUCCAGAGUAUUUAUUGAAGAAAUGAUAAUUUGGGCGCAAUCAACUUCUCUUCAGGUGUGCCUAUGCUGUGCUUCCACUGGGUACCCCUUUAUAUCUACUCUUGAGCUCCGGCCAUUGAAUCUUUCGAUGUAUUUCACCAGCUAUGAGGAGAGUUUCUUCCUGAAGGUUGCAGCAAGAAUAAACUUUGGUGCUCAAAGUGCUGAUCCAAUUCGAUAUCCUGAUGAUCCUUAUGAUAGAAUCUGGGAGUCAGAUCUCUAUAAAAGGCAGAACUAUCUUGUGGGAAUGGCUCCUGGUACAGAAAAUGUUAGCACCAUUAAGAAUGUCAAGGCAGACUUUAGAGAGUUUCCACCUGUAAAAGUCAUGCAGACAGCAGUUGUUGGAACAAGGGGAAGCCUCUCUUACAGAUUAGACCUUGAGGGUUUCCCUGGAAACGCUCGUGCUUAUGCGUAUUUAGCCGAGAUUGAAGAUUUGGGUAAGAAUGAAACACGUAAGUUCAUAAUGAAGCAGCCUGCUGUGCCCGGUUAUGAAAAUGUGAUAGUGAAUAUUUUGGAGAAUGCCCAUGGGAGCUAUGCUCUUUAUGAACCAAGUUACAUGAACAUAUCAUUGGACUUUGUUCUUUCCUUUUCGUUCUCAAAAACUCAUGAUUCUACUCGUGGUCCACUCUUGAAUGCAAUCGAAAUCAGCAAAUAUGUGCAAAUCAUGCCUAAGUCUGAUUUUCGAGAUGUUUCUGUUCUAAAUGCAUUUUGCCUCAUGGCUUCAGUUGGUGAUUGGAGGUAUGACAAUGGAGAUCCUUGCAUCCCUGCAGCAUGGGAUUGGGUGAACUGCAGCUCCACCAUGCCAUCAAGAAUUACAAAAAUUGCAUUGUCGAAUAAGAAAUUGAAUGGUCCCAUACCGUCAGAGAUCAAACAGAUGGAUCAGCUGAAGGAGUUGUGGCUGGAUGGGAACUUCUUGAAUGGGCCAAUCCCAGAUAUGAGUAACCUGAUGGGUCUUAAAAUAUUGCACCUAGAAGACAAUAGAUUGAAUGGCCAGCUGCCUUCAUACUUUGGGGAACUACCAAGCUUGCAAGAGCUGUAUAUCCAGAAUAACAAUUUUAGUGGGGAAAUCCCUCCUGCACUAUUGACCAAGAAAUUGCUAUUUCACUAUGAUGGAAAUCCUGGAUUGAUUCUGCCAAGAAGACAAAAAAAUAAGCUAGCAUUUGUACUUGCUACAAGUAUCGGAGCAUUUUCUAUCAUAAUACUUAUAUUAUUAAUUGGAUGUUUUUGGCUACUAUGGACUCGUCAAAGAAAGCCAGAGAAGAGUGAUAAUCAAGGAAAAAGUAACUCUUUACGCACAAUGUCCAAGGCUUCCAUUCAUACUAUGGUUGGAAGUACAUCUUUGGUAAUUGAUGAAGGCCUGGAUGUGGCUUAUUGCAUAACCCUUUCUGAAAUAGAAGAAGCUACGGGAGGGUUCUCUAAAAAGAUUGGUGAAGGUAGUUAUGGACCAGUAUAUUAUGGGAAAAUGAAGGAUGGAAAAGAAAUCGCUGUCAAAGUUUCAGCAGAUUUGUCUAGUCAUGGAGUUCAACAAUUUAUCAAUGAGGUCACUCUACUUUCUAGAAUUCAUCAUAAAAGCUUAGUUCCUUUCAUUGGAUACUGUCAAGAAGAAUGUAAUAAAAUCCUUGUAUAUGAGUAUGUACACAAUGGAACCUUGCGAGAUCACAUUCAUGAUUCCGAUAAGAAGAGAACUCUUAAUUGGCUAUCUCGUCUCUUAAUUGCUGAAGAUGCAGCUAAAGGUCUUACUUAUUUGCACAAUGGAUGUAAUCCACCUGUCAUUCAUCGUGAUGUUAAAACAAGCAAUAUCUUGUUAGAUAGCAACAUGAGAGCAAAGGUUUCGGAUUUUGGCCUCUCAAAACAAGCUGAUAACAGUCUUACCCACAUAUCGAGUAUUGCUCGAGGAACCGUGGGCUAUGUUGAUCCCGAGUACUAUGCUAUUCAACAAUUGACUGAUAAGAGUGACGUCUAUAGUUUUGGAGUCGUACUCCUUGAGUUAAUUUCGGGAAAGAAGCCUAUUUCUGUGGAAGACUAUGGUGUUGACUGGAACAUUGUUCAUUGGGCUAGGUCUUUAAUCAGUGAGGGUGAUAUAACGAGCCUUGUAGAUCCCUGCCUUGUGGGAACCUUCAAAAUAGAAUCUCUAUGGAGGAUAGCUGAGAUUGCAAUUCUCAGCGUUCAAAUCCAUGGGGUUUCGCGGCCUAAAAUGCAGGAAGUGGAACUUGCCAUCCAUGAUGCUAUCAAUAUUGAGAUGGGAAGCAAGGACAAAAUUGAUCAUUUCUCUUCCUCUUCGACAAACCCCUCUGAUCUUGUAAGAUUUUCAUCCGUGCCCUUUGAUUUUAUAAGCUCUAACUUCCAAAACAAUAUCAAUUUCCCAUCAUUAAGAUAGACUACGGCUGAUCAAAUGUUAGACAUAAAAGAAGUUGUGAGAAAGGGAGCUCUCUCAUUUUUAAGUUAAUUCCUAGAUUCUUUUAAUGAGCUGAAAUAGUCCCUAAUGAGUAAUAUUUUAGCCCCCGUUAAAAUAGCCUGCGGACUAAUUUAACUCUUUUAUAGUCUGGGACUAAAAUGACUCCUUGGAAAUAUCUAUGAGACUAUUUUGGCACUUUACUCCUUUGUAAAUAUUUCUUGAUGUGAAGAUGUCUGUUUUGAAGUUGCAAUAAAGUU